AUGGAAAGUUUUGCACCUUAUUUGACUACUCCCAACAUCCUUCAACAAAUUACUCAAAGAAUCGACAACUACACUGACAAAUAUGUUGUCCUAGCCCAUCCAUCUUCUCUCAGUAUGAGCAAGAGCCUAAUAAAGCAUAUCUCACAUGUCAAUGUGAAAGCUCUUUCUGGUGCUCUAGAGAAACUUGAGAGCCUUAGGACCCUGAUCUUAGAAGAUGGUAGUGAAUCCUUUUGUCUCCCUAAUCUCAUCAUGCUUUCUCUGGAGAAAACAUAUGUGACUCAGGAAUUCAUUAGCAAGCUGUCUGAGCUGCCAUUUCUUGCCACCCUUGCAUUGUACCCUGGCUCGUACAAGGACAAGAAACUUGUAUUUGCUUCAUCCAAAUUUCCACGCCUCAAAAAGAUCAAGAUGAUUGACGUGGAAGUGCUGGAGAUUGUUGAAGUUGAGGUGAGCAUGGUUCCUGAGCUCAAAGAGUUGGAAAUUCACUCCCCAUUCACAGGUUGUUAUCAUAAUAUUGACCUGGGUAAUGACAAGAAACGUUCUCAAAAAACAAGGAUCUGA